AUGGCAGACGGUGUCUUCUUGUGGGCUGCCCUGGUCGCUGGAGACCUCAAAAUCGCUGCGGACCAAGGCGAUUCCGAAGAAGACCUCGAGUCGCGCUUGGAAGAGUGUCCCGCUGAAAUGAACGACCUCUUCACGUUCUUGCUUGAGAAACAGGACACAUUUUAUGCAAAGCAUCCAAAACCAUACCUUGCGUUAAUCUACGCGUCCACCAAGGCAGGCCAAGAGGUUUCCUCACUUGAUCUGCUUCUCGCCUCCUCGGGACAUGAACAGCUCAAGGAGUACUUUGCGAGCGGGCUGAAUGAUUCUCGCCUCGCAGCUUUGGAUUCUUCAGCAUCCAAUCUGGAGGCGAACAUAGUAGCAAGAUGCGCGAAUCUAGUGGAAUACGAUCGACAGCAUCUCCUGGACUACACACAUCCCAAAUUUCCCGCAGGGCGGCCUUACAAGUCGUUGAACAUCGCGCGUUUGACGGUGUUUCGCUUCAUCCACCGCAUUGCCCAAGAUUUCCUGGUUGAAAGUCGAAAGGGUGCUGCUCUCCUUCGGGCUUGUGGCAUUUUUGACCAGGAUGCUCUUAAACUGCUCAUGUUGUCCUCGGCAAUCAUAUCUGCCGUUCACGUGCCUGAUCCCAUCGCCCAAAGGCCACUCAGAUAUGCGGGUUGCAUUCAGCGGGACCUUUGGACGCCUGACGAGACAGAUAUCGUAGAUUCCAUCUUCGCCAAAGCCCAAGCGCAAAAUCCGUGGAGUCCACCCUGGGAGUUGGCCAAAGCAGAACACACACGAAAUAGCACCGCCAGCGACGCCCAAUUUUCGCUUCUGUGUUGCCCACAAAUUUCAACUCAGGAAAACGUUGCCCACUAUUACGCGGACGUGUAUUGCUUAUCCGCAUAUUUCGAAUCGAAGCUAUUACCUCCCGCUUCCAACGUGUCCAAUGGCCUCGGUGGCUUUUGCCUCAUCCGCUGGACACUUAAACACGGGAACGGUAUGGACGACUUAAUUCGAAUGCUCAAGGAACAUGUUUCAUGGACACAAAGUCUUACACUCUGUUACAAACUAAGGCACGUUCCCGAGACCGUACAUUCUCCUCCUGUCAGCGUCCCUUUGUGGCAGCAUAUGUAUAUUGCCGCUGCGAGAUCAUACCUUGUAACGGCUCCAGCCACGCGGCCUUCGUCUCUGCGCAGCUCCUUGGGUCAUAUUCCCCUUUCCGAUCGUGGGAGUCCCUACGUCGAAUGCAUCCUGGUUAUCUCACUUCAGCAUAUCUAUAUGUGCCCCACAACAUCUGAGACAAUGGUAUCAAUUGAGAAGAUCCUUUCUUCCACCGACCUCUUCAAGGUCCGGGUGGAUGUUUGUGAGUCCACGGGAGUGGGGACGAUCAGCCUGGAUUUUCGCCAAUACUCGCCUGGGGGAGUGACUCAAUUCUUCGAAAUAGAUCCCAUUGUCAAUCACGCCUUACAGAAACUCUUCCACACGAUGGCGAUGCAGGAAGCCUGCACGUGUUGUGGAGAGUUCUUGGUACCUAUUCUAAAUCAACACCUGGAUCGAUUGGCCGCAGCUGAGAUAGCGCAGAUCUUACAUGGGUCCCCACUCUUUGGACUCUGGUCCGAAGGACUCCCACUUAGAAAUAUGAUAUUCCCCGAAGGAGAAUUCCGGCUCGUAAGCGAGGUUUACAUAAUGGCAUGGGAAGAACAAGUAAAGUCGAGGACACACCCUGACCGAAUCAAAAAUAACGAAGAACCCGACCGAGGAGGUGAAGCAGACCCCCUUCUGAGCGAGGUCGCGAAAGCUUUAGAGUCCCUACGGCGCACAGAUGAGCAGUGGUGGGAACAGGAGCGACUCUCGUACUGCGAGCGACUGACCGACGAUGAAUCUUCCAGUAUCCAAGAAGACGGGGGGCGUGAGGAAACGAAGAAGACACCAGAUUCGACAAGACGGGGCUCGAGACUCGAAGGAAUCAGCAUCCUUCUAUUCUCAUUCGAAUCGAAAUACAACUCCCAAAUCUAG